AUGACUGAAACAUUUGAUUGUAUUUUAUAAAUUGUUUGUAAUAUUAUUUGAUUUAUAUAUAAAUUUAUUAAUUUUUUAUACCAAUUGACGCCAAAACACAACUAUUGAUUACAUUUGUUGUUAGAGAUAACUGAAGACAUGGAGCGAAAGAUCCGUCUGAAGUCAUUGAAUCCACACAUCACUUGUAAGAUAUGUCGCGGAUAUCUGAUCGACGCCACGACUGUCACCGAAUGUCUUCAUACAUUUUGCAAGAGUUGUUUAGUUAAGCAUUUGGAAGAACACAACUCGUGUCCGACGUGUGAGAUAGUCAUACAUCAAUCACAUCCUCUUCAGUACAUUUCAUUUGAUCGGACAAUGCAAGACAUUGUCUAUAAAUUGGUCCCAAACUUACAGCAAAAUGAAACAAAACGAGAGCGCGAUUUCUACCGACGCCGUGGUUUGCCUUAUCCGAAGGCCAACACCGAUAAGAUGCCUGAAAAAGAUGUAUACGAUUUCCCGAUGAAUACGACAACAAAAGAUGAGAACACAGAUUGUCAUCGAAGUGACGAACAGGUGAACAUUCUUCUUGAGACAAAUCAGACCAAUCAUUUGAAACCAAUGAAACGCAAAUUUAUCCGAUGCUCGGCUCAGGCGACAGUCACACAUCUCAAGAAAUUUGUGGCCAAAAAGUUAUUCAACAAUACAGACCGAUAUAAAGAGGUUGAAAUAUUAUGUAAUGAAGAGAUAUUAGGAAAGGAUCACACAUUAAAGUUUGUUUGUGUCACUCGUUGGCGAUUUAAAGAAACACCACUUAAAUUGGUAUACAGACCACGACAGGAAUUUUGAUAUCUAAAGUUUAAAUAACUAAAUUAAAUUAAAAAAUAAAUUCUAAAUAAGUUUAUAAUUUAUUUC